CGCAGUACUGAUAGGUGAGAUAUGACAUCUUGUUCUUCCCCUCCUCACGAGAAAGUCAGUUAUAAAGCCCCCCCCUCCCCCCAUCAUCAACCAUCGCACCGGAUCAAACCCUAUCAUCUGAUAUCGGGACCUCGAACCAUCCUCCCUUCCUCCCAUCCACCUAUAUAAACAUUCGAACAAGAGCAAAGGAAAAAAGAAAAAGGCCCACAGAAUAAAAAAAUGUGCCUAAUAUCCUCCCGCGACGACGAUUACCCGCCUGCGCGCCGGGUCCACGUUUACCGCGAAGGGAGGGUCACCCGCGAAUACGCUGCGACUCCUAGGAGGAGUUACUUUUCCACGUCGAGUAUCGGUGGGGGAAGAAGCAGUACCGCGCGCGUGCGGCAUGUGUAUUCGUCGCCGAGGGGGAGUUGGGUUAGCACUCGGGAGGUUCCGGGAGCGGUGGUGUUGAGUGGGAGGAGGGGCUACUAUUAGGUGUGAGGGGUGAGAGUGGUGGCUGAGAGGAUGGGAUGGGAGGGAAAUAGUGUAGGCUGCUUAUUGAGUGGGGAUUUUUCGUUUAAUUUCUUAUUGUAUUGUCCUUUAAUGUGGUUUAUUUAUUUUAUUCUCCCCCACCCCUGCUUACUAUUAUUCAGUACCUUUGAGGAAUUAUUGUUAUUAUACCCUGCGGGGGUUUCCGUUCUUGAUCUCGUUUUCUGGUACUGUACUUCAGUAACUGUUUUUAGCUUUGUCCAUGGUCAGAAGUUUCCUUUCUUGGCUUACGCUUGCUUGAGGUUUUGGAAAGAAUUCAUGAUGGGUUACGAUCU